CCUCACUGGAUCGUCGCCCCCCUUCAUGGGGAAAUGACAAACAUGGCAAAAGGUUCAGCCUUGGCAAGAGAGGACAAAUUGGGCCUAUCCCAGUCAGCAAGCCUUGUACGUGAAGCCUUGAAAGAAAUUCAGGAAAGCUUUGGAGCCGCCUUUGGUGGCCUGAAGCAUUGUACUCUGUACCCUCUAGAUGACGUCCCGCCAACGGUCCGAUCAUUGUGGCAAUCCUGCACCACAUCCUUGCCAACGUUAUACAAUUCAUCCCAAUGCUGGACCGUCCGAACGCCUUUAGCUCGCGAACUCGUCAUCGAUGCGCUGAUUAAAAUCAGGAGCAAACAGAUUCAGUCUGCUUCCGAAGAGGACUUCCGGCUCAAUUAUCAAGGCGAAGUUAACGAAUCAAUCGAUCCUACAAUCGUCCUUGCGCAACUAGUUGACCCGGACCCGUGCUGUCCUGCGUUUCUCACUGGUUUACGAUCGCCAUCCGUGGAAAGCUGCGGCUUUCGCUGUCCAUAUGAUCUUUGUACGGUCGUGGAGCCGGAAGAAGAAUGCAACAUCCAGGUUAAUAUGACCCCCAAAUUCUCUUUUGUUGAUCUUCAUAUCGAUUAUGGAGCGGACGGUUUGUCGACUCUGGUCGGCGAUUGCCGAAAGAUAUGGCUGUUGUAUCCUCCGUCGGAAGCCAACCUGAGGGCUAUGAAGAUGGUAGACAGCCAACGAGCAAAGCUCAUGCGGAUUAUGCAUCAAUUGGAAGGAGGGGUGAUAGUGCCGACAACCGCAUCCCAUGCCAUCUAUAUACCGGCAGGCUGCAUCCAUGCCACAUUUACCUUACAAGGAGGUUUCCUCGUUGCGAAGGACUUCACAUCCUCCGAGUCUCUCACCGCGAUUGCGUCAUAUCUACUGCAUAAGUUGGAUCAGACGCUGCCAUCUGAAGCUCGUAGUGUCUGUUAUGACUGGUUCGAACGCUGCCUGGAUGUGUGUUUGAGCAGUGGGAAACUGGACACCGCACUCGAAGCUUGGAUCCUCUCGCAAGACCACCUGGCUGCGUGGGCUGCAUCACAUCGACAAUGGCGUAUCAACGUCCGUCGCUUAUGGGAACAGCACUUGCACAAUAAAAUAUUCAGUGAUUGUCCUUGCGGUAUGCAGGAGAGGACCACGGUAUUGUCUCAUCAUGUUUUUGCGACACACUUAAAUUUUCUGUUACCGCCUUCUCAGCUACGUCGGUUGAAAUGAAUUGGCAUGUAUCAUGAU